AUUGUAGGUGGUGAUAAGAUGCCACAUAGAUUAUACUCCACAGUCCACAAAACAUCCUUUUAUAAUUCUCCGAUUCCAAAACGGAAAUCCAAAAAAAAAAGUGACCAUGUCUUGGUGGUUCGGUCGCAUUCGCUCCACUUCCAAAACGUUGUUUACGCAUCGUCCAACUUUCCGGCUCACCACCACCACCACCACCACCACCACCACUUCAACAUCCAACUCUAAAGGAAGAAAUCCAUUUCAAUGGUGGCCUUCUUACUUGCUUCCCAUUUCAGCUGCUUCUCUUAUGCUUCAGUAUCAACGCGAUCCUUCUUUUUCUGAUUCUUCUCAUCCGAACGCUCAAGGUGUUUCCAUCGGCGGCAAAGGGAGUACCGAAUAUGUGGUGAAGGGUUCUCACAGAAUUGUGCCACAUGAGCUCAUCAAUGAUUUGAAGGCUAUUUGUGGGGAUAACAUGACAAUGGAUUAUGAUGAGAGAUUCUUGCAUGGAAAACCACAAAACAGUUUUCACAAAGCUGUCAAUAUACCUGAUGUUGUCAUCUUUCCAAGGUCAGAACAGGAAGUGUCAUUGGUUGUUAAGUCAUGCAAUGCACAUAAGGUUCCUAUUGUACCAUAUGGUGGAGCCACAUCUAUUGAGGGUCAUACUUUGUCUCCUCAUGGAGGGGUUUGUAUUGACAUGUCACUAAUGAAGAGUGUAAAAGCAUUACAUGUCAGGGACAUGGAUGUGGUUGUUGAGCCUGGGAUAGGGUGGAUGGAGUUAAAUGAAUACUUGGAACCUUAUGGCCUAUUCUUUCCUCUUGAUCCCGGUCCUGGUGCUACAGUAGGUGGCAUGUGUGCAACACGAUGCUCUGGUUCAUUAGCUGUGAGGUAUGGAACAAUGCGUGAAAAUGUCAUCAAUCUGAAGGUUGUCCUGCCUAAUGGGGAUAUUGUCAAGACAGGGAGUCGUGCCCGAAAAAGCGCUGCUGGGUAUGAUUUAACCCGGCUGGUGAUUGGAAGUGAAGGAACCUUGGGUGUCAUAACUGAAGUUACUCUACGCCUUCAAAAAAUCCCUCAAUACUCGGUGGUGGCAAGGUGCAACUUUCCUACAGUUAAGGAUGCUGCCGAUGUUGCCAUUGCUACAAUGCUGUUGGGCAUACAGGUGUCCAGGGUAGAGCUUCUUGAUGAGGUUCAAAUAAAGGCAAUAAAUAUUGCUAAUGGAUCAAAUUUGCCAGAAACACCUACGUUAUUAUUUGAAUUUGUGGGGACAGAAGCAUAUUCACGUGAACAAACUCUGCUGGUUCAGAAGAUUGUUUCUGAGCACAACGGCUCUGAUUUUAUUUUUGCUGAAGAAUCUGAAGCUAAAAAGGAGCUCUGGAAGAUGAGAAAAGAAGCACUUUGGGCGUGCUUUGCAAUGGAACCUGGAUUUGAGGCAAUGAUUACGGAUGUUUGUGUUCCUUUGUCGCGACUUGCGGAGUUAAUAUCAAAGUCAAAAGAAGUUCUGGAUGCAUCUCCAUUAGUAUGCACUGUUAUUGCCCAUGCUGGUGAUGGAAACUUUCAUACAGUGAUCUUGUUUGAUCCUAACAAAGAAGAUGACAGACAAGAAGCCGAGAAGCUGAACAAUUUCAUGGUCCAGACAGCUUUGUCAAUGGAAGGAACAUGUACCGGAGAGCAUGGAGUUGGUACUGGGAAAAUGAAGUACCUGGAACAAGAGCUGGGAAUUGAGAAUUUGAGGACAAUGAGAAGCAUAAAAACAGCUCUGGAUCCUAACAAUAUUAUGAAUCCUGGGAAGCUUAUCCCUCCUCAUGUCUGUUUCUAAAUUGUUGAUCGCAAAGCAUCUCCAUUUUAUGGUGUUCGUUAUAAGAUUAUUAGACUCUUGUCAUCCUAAUUUUGCCGCACGAGUUUUUUGCGUUUAGUUUUGUUAAUCACUCAGCUUUAUUCGACCACAAAACAAUUGCUGAUAAUAAAAUAAAUUUUAGUUUUCGAAAACAAAAUAAUUUUGUAUUUGUGGAAUAAUUAUUUUGCCAUGUUUAUCAUUGCCCUUUUUAUGCUUUUUAUGGGUGUAAUUUAACUUUAAUACUUGCAUUCGACUUAUUGAAAUUAACUUGUAUUUUUUUUUGGGUAAGAUUAAUUAAAAAAGAAUGAAUUCCCCU